UCAACCUCAAUUCACAUCAAUGCCUCCGAAACUUCGCGGCUCUCUCUCCGCGAGUCUCGCAAAUGCGGGUCGAGACCCCGCAACAGUCUUUUACUGUCCCUCUUGCUCCACCUGGCGCCGAAACACCCAGAGCGCCCUUACUCUUGCGCGUCAUGCCGGCAGCACCGUCGCUUCUUCCACCUCACCACAGCAACCCCUACCAUUAGAUUCCCAAUCCCCUCCUCACCCACUACCAUCGACAUCUGUCCCGCGACCCCUGAGCCAUACUGUCCCCGUUGUCCAUGCCGGUGGCCGAAGCAUCCCUCCGCGACUGAAGGAGCUGCACGCGGCGCUCGACCAGCUCAAAGAUGUGGCCACCGAGCAAGUAAAUCUCAGUCGGCUGCAGUUGGCAUUGAGAGGGCUGGAGUCGGAGACCCCUUUGAUUCGCGUUGCUGUGCUAGGAUUGAAUGAUGCCAGUGCGGCGCGGAGGCUUGUGAGGUUGCUAUUAGCGGACCCGCUCAAUGGAAAAGAAAGUUGGGAGGACAUGUUAGAGGAGAUGGGUGCAGAAACUGGAGCUUUGGAAAGAGGACUCUUGAUCCGAUACGGUCCUGUAUCGCAGAGCAUACCGAACGACCUCCUCCCAACCAUCUCGAUUCCCUCGCCGAUCUUGAAGAAGGGCAAUUUGGAGAUUCUGAUCACAAGCCUUGGAGCGGACACCCGUGCGAAUGCCAAGUUCACGGCCGACACGUUCCUGGUACCAACGGUGACGAUCCAGACCUCGCACACCGGCCGGCAUAAUAUGGUACGAUACCCGGUGCACCGCAGCAUCGUGUGCGGGAGCGGCGUGGACGGGUUUCUGGCAUACAGCGGGCUCAUGGCGCGCUCGGAUCUCAAGGAGGAGGCGGGCUCGGUGUUCGGUGCGAUCGAGCUGCCGGUGACCCAUCCGGAGAAGUACAAUGGACGGGUCGCGUUUGUGGACAUCGACAAGGCGGACGAGGCGUUGGCCAAAUUUCGUGAGUCGGUGCAGAAUGCCUCUCUCUACGAACGCGGCUGGAAUAGUAGUGGUGUGCAGCCGGUGGUUGACUGGCUGACGGCGCUGCGGGCGGAGACGGGCCGUACGCUGGAUCCCUCCUUGCGCACCCUCAUCACGUCUCUCUUGGAUGCGGCAGAGGCUGGUGUCGCCGCGGCAGAAGCGCAGAGGAUUCAGGAGCAGGAGAUGGGGUUGGUGCCGCUGGAGGUGAGGAACGGGCUGGAUCGUUCCGUAUCGGAGUGGGCAGAGAAAGCGCACACGGAACUUCGCAGCUCAUUGGAGGAAGGAUUCGCGAGCAAGCCGUGGAAGGGUCUGGCGUGGUGGAAGCUCUUUUGGCGCGUGGACGAUGUGGGCAUGAUUACUGGGGAGAUCCUGGAUCGCAAGUUUCUGCGUCAGGCCGAGAGGGAGGUCAUCUGGACGGCUGGCCGGUUCCAGCAGGCCGGACUGAUUCAAACCACUCCACCAUCCAGUCCGACAGAACUGCCAUCGUGGCCAACUCAGAUUCCCACCAGGCGAACCAAGCUGGUCGAGACGACGGCACCGGCUCUUCAAGCGCUGGCGCAGCGACUCGUGCUUUUCAGCAUGUCGACCACCACACUCUCCUCUGCGCUGUCCAUUCUGACCUAUCUCUCUUGGCCCGCUGCGUCAGUGUACGAGACAUGCACGAUGGCAGCAGUGGGUCUGAUCUACUCGCUGCGCCGCCAGCAGCGCAAAUGGGAAAGCGCGCGGUCAUGGUUUGAGAACGAGGCGCGCGAGGAUGGGCGUACGGCUUUGCUCGAGACUGAGGAGCACUUCCGCGGCGUUGUGCAGAAGGGUGGACAACCUCUGCGGGAGGCUGACCCGCUGUCUCCCCUUGAGACGAGACAAGCCAUCGACCGAGCGCGCAAAGCUCUUGAGGAGGUCGACUAAAAUAGAUUCUAGACUUACACUACCGAAUGUACUG